ACCCCAGCCCUCUUGGAACCCAGACAGGCAAACGCCCUCCUCUCUCUCUCUCUCUCUCUCUCACAGAAGCUCCAUCUCCAUGGAUCAGCAAUCUGGUUCAGAAGAAGGUCUCUGAAGGAAAAUGCUCCUUAUCUUCAUCUUCAGCGGGCACACGCUCAUGCCCCAACCCAGAAUGUGAGUGCCCUUCUUAAUCACUGCCUUAGAGGAGCCGCAACCGAGAAAAUAACCUCCUGAUAAACCCACCAAAAAACCCUUCUCUGUUCUCCCAUUCCUCCGUCAAAUUCAAGCUACAUAUACACAAAUGGCGUCAAAGUCGGACAUCAUCUCCCAAAGCGAGGCAGAGUCGCCGCCAUUACCAGCAACAAAUCACCAAGCCCAGGAUAAGAGCCAGAGUCCUGUGGUAGUACUUUCUUCUUCUUCAUCCUCAGCAGCACUGGGACGACAAUCUUCCAUCUAUUCCCUCACUCUCGACGAGUUCCAGCACACCCUCUGUGACGGCGGCAAGAACUUCGGCUCCAUGAACAUGGACGAGUUCCUCAACAGCAUCUGGAACGCCGAAGAAAACCAACACCACGCUUCCUCCAACGCGAUUAACCCAAAUCACCAGCACCACCACGCCCAAUCCACCGCCACCCCCGUCGCCGCCGUUCAUAACAAACCCAAUAACGUCGAUUCCCAGUUCUCUCUCCCCGACCCGACUCCGAACUUGCAUCGCCAGGGCUCUCUUUCUCUUCCCGCUCCCCUCUGUCGCAAAACCGUCGAUGAAGUCUGGUCCGAAAUCCACAAGGACCAGCAACGGCGUCAACACCAGAAUAAUGUCGCCGGCCAGGAUCCCGGCUCUGCCCCUCGCCAACCCACUUUCGGCGAGAUGACCCUCGAGGAUUUCCUGAUCAGAGCAGGGGUAGUUCGGGAACCGCUCCCCGCAGCACUGGGGACCCCCCAGUCCGGGCACCCGUACGCGCUGUACCAGAACAAAAGUACUCACCCUUAUGUUAUGAGUCUGGGCGGCAGCGGAAACAGUGCCGCCGGCGAUGGUAAGAGAGCUGCCGCGUAUCCCCUGUGUUAUGGGGCGGCGGGGGCAUUGGGAAUGGCGUCGCCGGUGAGUCCAGUGUCGCCGGACGGGCUGUGUCAGGUGGAUGCCUCUGGUAAUCAGUAUGCGAUGGAGAUGGGUGGGGUGAGAGGGCAGAAGAGGAUUAUGGAUGGGCCGAUGGAGAAGGGGGUGGAGAGGAGACAGAGGAGGAUGAUCAAGAACAGAGAGUCGGCCGCCAGGUCUAGAGCCAGAAAGCAGGCAUACACAGUAGAACUGGAAGGAGAAUUGAAUCAGCUAAGAGAAGAGAAUGCCCAUCUUAGAGAAGCUCUGGAAGAGCUUGAGAGAAAAAGAAAGGAACAGAAUUUUGAAAUCAUGAAAUUGAAAUCCCGGACAGAGAAGCAAAAGGCUGAGGGAGAAGAUAAAGGGAAGGGGGUGAGGAGGAAUUCAAGCUGCCCAUUAUGAUCAAGCUAUGGGUAGCUUUAGAAGCAUAAGGUUUUCUUUCCUUUGAUCUCUCUCUGGCCAGAUACAAAUGAGUGAAUGUUUUGAUAGUUGGUGUACAUUUUUGUUCUUUAUGUUAAAGCGUUUUGAGUCAGUCCCUUCUAUGCAUGGAAUUUUUGUUAACUUCUAAAUCUUAAUUAUGUUGCAGUA